CUAAACUUUCAUAAUUUUUGUAUCUAUUGUGUGUAUAUCCUUUUUGCCGACAAUAAGUGUUCCGGAAGCCGUGAACUGCUGAAACACUCUGUAAUCUCUCUCCCCUCAUCUCUCUCUCCCCUAACUCUCCACAAGUUUCUCCUACUCCUCCCCCAUGUACACCACAUGACACACAUAUCUUAGCAGCCCUCUUGUUCUCUUCCUACAUGAAAACCUCAAACAUCUCCCACCACCUUAACAUUAAUGACCAAGAACAUCACAAAAGCAAUGCUUCCAGCUCUGAAAUUGUUGGGGUUUCAGACAACAACAGAGAAUCUUCAGCUUCACAGUGUUCAGCUGAUGCUGUGGAUCUAGAAAGGGGUGUUCUUGGAAACAACAAAGAGGUGCAUUUGAAGAGUGAUGUGGCUGAGAGAGAUUGUAGGAUUUGUCAUAUGAGUUUGGACUCAUCUAAUCAAGAAUCUGGGGGUUCUAUUGAAUUGGGUUGUGCUUGUAAAGAUGAUUUGGCCGCUGCACAUAAACAUUGUGCUGAGGCCUGGUUCAAGAUUAAAGGCAAUAAAACUUGUGAAAUUUGUGGAUCAGUUGCACGUAAUGUAGCUGGUCCAAAUGAGGUAGAAUUACUUGAGCAGUGGAAUGAAGCAAAUGAUGCUGCUACAGCUUCCACAUCAGCGCCUUUGUCAGAAACCCGAAGCUUUUGGCAGGGGCAUCGAUUUCUUAACUUCUUGCUGGGUUGUAUGGUCUUUGCCUUUGUCAUAUCUUGGUUGUUCCAUUUCAAUGUGCCGUCGCGAGAUUGACUGCAAAAGGUUAUUAAGAAGAAGCAAGAACUGUAUUGUAAAAAUAGCAAUUUUCGGGUACUUCUGUUUUGUUGAUUAGUCUUGAAUUGUAGGGAUAAUAUGUAUCCCGCUGUUGGUUGUUUAUAGUAGUCGCCGUUUCAACUCCCAUGUAAAAAUAUGAGUUAUUAGUGAUUUGUUAAUCCAGCGACCUAGUUAUUUGCUC